AUGACGAAACUGCUCGUGUCCAACAAGCAGCUCAAGCCACUGGGCGAGCUGCGCGCCGACCUGGGUGCACGCCUCCGCCGCGCCAGGAAGAUCAGUAGCAUCUUCGACUCCAAGGACCUGGUCGCCUGGGAAGCCGUCGUGCACGAUGGCAUGGUUACGAUUUCGCUGGCCUACGCGAUCUUCAGCAUGAAGUAUACGUUCGCGGCGAUGAAAGGCAACAAGAAGCUGAAGGUCGCCGCGGAGAAACUCAAGCAGGACUUGCAGGCCAAGGGCGCGUGGGCGCACGUGCCCGCGCGCGUCGUCGCCGCCAUUGAGGGCGGCGGGAAAGUGCUCGAGGUUGGCCCAGACGAGGGCGCGCGCAGCGCGUUCCUCGUGGUCCACGCCGCCGCUGGGCUGGCGGUCCGCGCCCCCGCAGGCGGCCGCGACGCGGUGCGCCUGCUGCGCGCGGCGGAGGGCCUCCUCCGCACGGCCGUGGCCGCGCUGGCGGCGCCGCCGCCUGCUCCCGCCCCGCCUGUGGAGGCGGCCGACGUGCAGCCGAUGCUGGGGCGCUGCGGCUCGCGCGGAAGCGAAGGCAAGGGCACGGGCAAGGGCGGCGAGUUUGUCGACAAGAACAAGCUUGUCCACCUCGAGGUGUGGCAGCUGAGGGAGCUCGUCAUCCGCCUGGGGGAGCGCGCGGGUCUGCCCCGACCCGCAUCCGAGGUGCCCUUCGACCACGGCGUGCUGCUCGCAAUGGCCGUCGAGCUCGAGGAGCUGGCGGUCGUGUCCGACGGCGCGCGCGGCGGGGGCAGCGGAGCGGAGCACGCCAUCGAGUGCGCGUGCGAGCUCCUGAAUGCCAUCGGCUUCACGCUCGAGUCGCUCCCCGCCGGCCGGGCCGCGCUGUCGGCGGUGUGCGGAAGGAUGCACGCGCUGAGGUACGCAAAGACGGAGUCGGGCAAGCAGGCGUACUCCAAGCGCGUACAGUUCACAAUACAGGACAUCCUGGACGCCCGCGCCGCCGACUGGACCAGGAAGUCCUUCAAGACGUCCGCCAAGACGAAGGAGGAUAUCCGCCUGGAGCAGGAGCGCGACCUGCACGCCCGCUCCAACGGGGCCGAAGGAGAGACGGUGGUGGCUGGACAGCGGCCCAUCUACCUCACAGCGGCCGGCAUCGGCCUGGGCAUCGGCGCAUAG